AUGGCCCCAACUAAACCUGUUUCCGUAAAAGUUAAUGCCGCUUUAUUCGAUGUCGAUGGUACCAUCAUUAUCUCUCAACCAGCUAUCGCUGCUAUGUGGAGAGAUUUCGGUAAAGACAAACCAUACUUCGAUGCUGAACACGUUAUCAAGAUUUCCCACGGUUGGAGAACUUACGAUGCUAUUGCUAAAUUCGCUCCAGAUUAUGCCAAUGAAGAAUUUGUCGCUAAAUUAGAAGGUGAAAUCCCAGACAGAUUCGGUGAACAUUCUAUCGAAGUUCCAGGUGCUGUCAAGUUAUGUAACGCCUUAAACGCUUUACCAAAGGAAAAAUGGGCUGUUGCCACUUCUGGUACCUGGGAUAUGGCCCACAAAUGGUUCGACUUAUUAAAGAUUAAAAGACCACAAAAUUUCAUCACCGCUUCUGACGUUAAAAACGGUAAGCCACAUCCAGAACCUUACUUAAAGGGUAGAAACGGUCUAGGUUUCCCAAUCAACGAAGAAGAUCCAUCUAAAUCCAAGGUUGUUGUCUUUGAAGAUGCUCCAGCUGGUAUUGCUGCCGGUAAAGCUGCUGGUUGUAAGAUUGUCGGUAUUGCCACCACUUUCGACUUAGAAUUCUUAAUCGAAAAGGGCUGUGACAUCAUUGUCAAGAAUCACGAAUGUAUCAGAGUUGGUGAAUACAACGCUGAAACCGAUGAAGUCGAAUUAAUCUUUGAUGACUACUUAUACGCUAAGGAUGACUUAUUAGAAUGGUAA